GGCAAAACUAGCAGUAUAAUGAACCGGCAAUCUAUUUAGAACUUGACUUUCCUCAUUUGGCAACGCUAAUCUUUAUAUAACGAAGAAGAAGAAGACUUUCCGACUUUCAUCGCCGGAAUAUUAAUUACAACGUUGAAUUUGCAUUUGCAUUAAAAAAAAUGGCCAGUGGACAAAAUAGCGACGCGUGCAGCUUAUGCGAGAAAAUAGGCUUGAAGCCGCUCACCAAAGAAAACGUGUUCAACUACUACAUACCACUACACGGUCUUGUCAGUUACGGAGCACUCUCGCUCAAUGUUAUGAACCCGCAGAUUGUGCCCAGACUGUUGCCGAAAAAGGACCUUACUAAUGUGUUCUUGAUUUCGUCUGCGGUAGGCACGUCUUUCUACAUCUACGGCCGUCCUCACCUGAAGGACGUCAAGACGAAUAAGCGCCUGGCGUAUGCGGCCCUCGGUGGAGUUUUAUUCAGUAUGGGUUCUGUGCUUGCCUGGGCCCUGCUAAAAUCGUCCCUUGCUGAGGAUAAUGCUAUUCUCGCCACCUUGGUUGGUCUGGGAACCGGCGCCGCCAUUGUCAAGGUUGGCACCGAAUACAUUAAAGAUAUUGAUAAUCUGCAGAAAAACUAAAGGAUGGAUGACUCCGAUAUGUGACGAGUAGAUGUGGCCCGCAUAUUUGAAUAAAAUUAUACAUACAUAUAUUAAACUCAAAGAAACUUUGGAUUUUUUCGAUGGUAGGAAUGGGAUGAUGGGGAUUCGCUACGAAGCAACAAUACAAACAAUAGAGAUUGAAAAUGUUUGCGUUUAUUAUAAAUUAAAUGUACCUUUAAUUGCCUUCUCUUAA